AUGCGAGCGGCGGCGUGUCUCCUGCACGGGGGAACUCCGCUGGCGGUGUCCAUCCGCCAGUCCCUUGGGGCCGCGCGGAGGAAUCCGGUCGCCGCCGGCUGGCCGUGCGUCCGGGGCCGCCGCAGAGCGUGGACUUCGGCAUCUUCGUCGUCGUCGUCGUCGUCGUCGACGACCGCCUCGGCGCACGCGUCCCCGGCGCCUCCUCGGUCGGUGAUGUUCGUGAGUUUCCUGUGGCCGGAGGCGAGCAGCUCCGCCGCGGGCGUCCGCACCGGCUCCCUGCUCCGCGCGUUCCAGCGGUGGGGCUGGCGCGUCCACUUCGUCGCGUGCGCGCGGCCAAACGAGCACGAGUCGAUCCUCGCCGCGUCCGGGGUGGCGACGCACCACGUCCCGCCCAACCGCGGCGCCGAGUUCGAGGCGGCGCUCGCCGCCGCCAACCCCGACGCGGUGAUCUUCGAUCGGUUCAUGGCCGAGGAGGCGUUCUCGUUCAGGGUGCGCGCGGCGUGCCCGGGCGCGGCGAGGAUCCUCGACAUGCAGGAUCUCCACUCGCUGCGAUACGCGAGGCAAGACGCCGUCAAGGCGGGCGUCGACGCUUCCACCGCGCGGCGCAAAGCUGCCAAGAGGAACCGCGGGCUCGCGCGAGAACUCGCUUCGGUGCAUCGGUGCGACCUGACGAUGGUGUGCUCGCCGACGGAGACCCGACUGAUGCGCGACGUUUUCGGGGUUCCCGCGCGCAAGAUGAUCCCGGCGUCGUUCUUCUGCGACCUGCCCGAGGACGCGCGGACGGCCGCGCCCGGAUUCGAACCCAGGCACGGCUUUGCCACCAUCGGCACCUUUCACCAUCCGCCCAACGUGGACUCGGCGCGGUGGCUCGCCGCGGAGGUCUGGCCGCUCAUACGCCGGGAGCUCCCGACGGCGACGAUGCGGGUGUACGGCGCGUACCCAACCGCGGCGAUCGAGUCGUUGCACGCCCCGAAAGACGGGUUCCUCGUCGAGGGUUUUGCGCCCACCGUCGGCGGCGCGAUGGACGACGCCAGAGUGCUGCUCGCGCCGCUGAGGUUCGGGGCUGGGAUCAAGGGGAAGAUCGUCGACGCGUGGAUGAGGGGCCUGCCCGCGGUGACCACGCCGGUGGGGGCGGAGGGGAUGACAGCGGCGGCGUGGGGGGGUCGGUGGGCUUCGACAACGGCGGCGGAUAUAGCGCGCGACGCCGUGGAGCUUCACGAGGAUCGAACGGCGUGGGAACGCGCCAGGGCGACGGGGUUCGAGCUCGUGGAGGCGCUGUUCCCGGCGGAGCGUAACCUCGGGGCUGUUCGCGACGCGAUCGAGGGGUUAUUCGGGGCGAGCGAGAGGGAGGGGUGCGACACCGCGCUAGAGGAGUUGCGGCGGGAGGACUUCACGGGAGCCGCGCUGUGGCAUCACAGCGUGAGGAGCACGGAGUACUUCAGCAGGUGGAUCGAGAUGAAGGAGACCGGGGGAGAGUCCGGAACCCCCGCGGCGGUCGAGUCAGAGGAGGAGGAGGGGGGGACGUGA